AUGGAUCGGGAAGCGAGUACGAUUAAAACUCUACGAUGUGGAAUUUCCGCGCACGAAAUUCUCGGUUCCACAGUUGGGAUGGAACCAUCUGUUACAGUGCGUUCUUGCAUCGGGAUUAUCGCCUCCACUAGGUAUUUCUCAUCUCCUAAAAUAGUGAACAAACAGAACUGGAAAUGGUCCAAUCGCGCAGUCAGAGGCGCCCGUGUAUUAAAGUUAUUGCCUUCAGUGCGUGGCUACUCAAUUUACGGACAAAUUGAAUAUGACUUCGUCUCAAAGGCUUGGUUCUAUGUUGCAAUGUCCCGCUUUCCGGUGAUCGAAAGUGUGGCAACUGGAACCAAUGUGCACAUGGCACACGUAUUGCCUUCAGUGCGUGGCUACUCAAUUUACGGACAAAUUGAAUAUGACUUCGUCUCAAAGGCUUGGUUCUAUGUUGCAAUGUCCCGCUUUCCGGUGAUCGAAAGUGUGGCAACUGGAACCAAUGUGCACAUGGCACACGUUGACGGGGACAGUUUUGAUAAGACCAAAAAGAAAAAGUUUUUAAAAUCUGGUCGGUUUACAACAGAAACCGAUUUUCUCCAUUAUGCGGUCAACGGAGAUACCCAUUAUUGUACAAGUAAAAUGGACAGUCGGUGA